UCUAGUGAAAUCUCGUCCUUCCCGAAAUUUUUGGACUACUGAAAAUGGCGCUGAAUAUGGAAUCAUGCAGUAUAGAAGAACUGUGUGCCGCCUCGGGUGGAGGUGAAAAACUGUUAUUUGAACUCCGAGACAGACUUCAAGAGUGGCUUAAGUUUCAACUACAUCUUCCUCAAGAUAUUCCUAAAGAAAUUCUGGAGCAUUUCAUCAUCGCUACGAAGAUGAGCUUAGAACAGGCCAAGAACAAACUGGACAUGUUCUACACGAUGAAGAAGCUGGUACCGGAAGUACUUCGAAACAGAGAUCCGCGUGGUUCUGGUCUGACACGCUUACACAAAAUGAUGCAUACCGUCAUUCUACCAAAAUUGACACCAGAAAAAUACAGAAUCUGCAUUUUUCAAUACUGUGCUGACGACUACAAUGAUUUUAUUGCCGGUGAUGAUGUUAAGUAUGGUCUGAUGAUGGACGAAAUACUGAUGCUGGACAGGGAAGCCCGCAGUCUUGGGAGCAUUUUUAUAUUUGAUCAAUCUAAGAUAACCUUUGGUCUUAUCGCCAAGUAUACUCCGACCCUCGUGAAAAAACUAGAAGUAGUAGCAACGAAAGCUUACGCGAAAAGGAUUAAAGGGAUUCAUUUUAUCAACGCGGCUCCUUUCGUAGAAACUGUAGUCACCCUGGUUCGGAAAGCUUUGAAGCCGAAACUCGCUGCAAGAGUUAACGUUCACCAAAAAGGAAGCUACGAAUCGUUACAUCGGAUAAUACCAAAGUCGAUUCUACCCAAAAAUUAUGGUGGCGAUGAACCAUCCAUAGAAUAUUUCGCUGAGUUGUGGAGGCAGAAAGUUGACGAGAAGCGUGACUGGUUCCUAGAACAGGAUAAGAUUGUGGUCAACGAAGCACUUCGCCCUGGACCACCAGUGAAUGCAGACGACCUCUUCGGCUUUUCUGGAUCUUUUCGGAAGCUAGACGUCGACUAGGAAU